AUGGUGGCUAAUACAGGAGUGGCCGUCUUCGUCCUGCUGCUUUACUGCAGGCAGGGAGCUGAGUUCCGGCUGAUAAACGUGACCACGGAGGUCACCAAGGGCGAGCUCGAGGAAAGGGGUCCCAACAGACCCCCGGCCCAGCUCCCAGGCCGGACGAGCAGGCCCUGGAGACUAAAGUACAGUAUGGAUGAAAACGUUCGCGGGAGUGUACAUUUAUGUUUUCCCUCAUUCUUUUCCACGCUUUUCAUCAAAGAUGCCGGCCUUGAUGAGAGCUAUCAAGUUGGUGGUCCUGAGGGUUACCGUGAGCUCUCAGAUAUUUCAUCAUUAUCUCUGGACCCUGAGGACGAAAUUCUCAAUAACGAACCCCAAAUUGAUGAGAGUUACCAAGUCGGUGGUCCCGAGGUUUACCAUGGAUCACAGCUCUCCUCUGGCCUUGAAGACAGGUCUCGCAACAAUGGUAAAUGUAACCUGCGUCGCCCUUUCCGGAAUGCCGUCCACGCGGUGUCGUUCGCUGUGUAG